AUGGCGCACAAUCAGGACGACGACGAACUAUUUAUAAGAGCCAUCUCUGGGUAUCGUGAAGCAUUUUUGGAUCGACACGCCCAUCUCCCGGAAGCCGAACGAAAUCAACUCUGGAGUCGUCGGAUCAGCCAGUUUCUUCCCAACGACCAGGAGACUGUGCCCGGGAAACCCGGGAAACGGAUUCGACAGGAUGCGACUCCAAGGACUUUGCCUUUUGGUUCUGGUCUACCUCAAGCCAAACGACGAGCCACCACCCCGGAUGAAGUGUCAGAGUCCAGCGAUCUGAGACGCACUCUGUCGCAAAUGUCCACCCCGGAAGCGCCUAGCCUGACGACGUCCAGCUACCGACAUACGCCCAUGGCCCGUUCCCAGAGCCAGCAGAUCCCGGUUUCCCACUGGCACCCGCCCGCCGGGGUUGCCAUGAGCAAACGACAAUCUUUCGGACCCACGCGGACACGCCAGCUCGACCACGUCGAUGAGUUCUCCCCCUCCGAGUAUGCAAAGUACCUGGAAGACCCCGAUCAGAGCCUGUACGGCGGACCCAACGUGGGCCCCGUUCUGUCGCUCGGCCUCACUGCUUCUGGAUUGACUGGACCGGUUCCCAUGCCUCUGCAUUCUGGACAAAUAUCUCCCCCGACGGACGCUUCCCCUCCCGGCGCUAUUCAGAUGAGCCGCAGCGGCACUACCGACACCAUCAUCGGCGGCCUCACUAAAUUUGGUUUUGACGGAACGAAUCCUCAGGAUCUGGAAGGACCCUCCUACCCCAUCCCCCAGGAGUGGGUGCCAACAUCAACCUCUGGUGGUAUCCCCUACCAUGAAUCCUUCCCUUCCGCUAUGUAUCCUGAUCUAGAUUCUACUGCCUCCUACCCCUUCUCGUACCCUGUAUCACUUUCCGCAUCUGCACCGACCACAACAUCCUUUCCUCACCAUCGGCUGUCGUCAAAUCUUCCCGUAACCCCCGCUACGGAGAUGAAACCCUCCAUAUCCGCCGAGAGUCAUUCUCCCGGCAUAGUGUCAACCGAGCCUUCGCGGGCUGCACGUCGCACCCAGGAGCAAAUCGCCCAUGCGGCACGACCUAUUGCCCCCAAACGCGAGUCUCACGACGGCAUCGUUCUCCAGCCCGAUUCGACCGAUCCGAACAAGAUGGUUCGGAUUUCGUCCGCCGACGGCACGGCGAAGGAAGUUGCGGCAAUCCCAAAGGCCUCGGUGCAUCGCCCACCCCGACCCAAGACCUACUGCCAUCUCUGUAACGAUCAGCCGGAAGGCUUCCAUGGCGAACAUGAACUCCGCCGCCAUAUCGAUCGAGUCCAUGCCUCCGUUCGCAAAGUGUGGGUCUGUGUCGACAUUUCACCUGACAAGAGCUUCCUUGCGAACUGCAAAGCGUGCCGCAACGGCAAGAAGUACGGCGCCAACUACAACGCAGCGGCCCACCUUCGUCGCACGCACUUCAAUCCGUGCCAGCGGGGCCGUGGCGGUCGUGGCAAAGACAGCGAGAAGCGUGGCGGUAAAGGCGGCGGCAACCAUCCGCCGAUGGAGGUGCUCAAGCAUUGGAUGCGGCAGACGGUGGAACGGGCCGAUGACAACGCCGAUAGCUUCGGCCCCGACUCGCUCGAGAGCGAUAACCAGAUUGGCACCGACCUCGUUGAGUCCGAAUGUCUGCCUCCCUCCAUGACUGUGGCAUCAGAGAGUCUUACUGAGUCAGGUGCGCAGUUUGGGAUGGAGUCGACUCUUAUGCAUGGGUAUGACCCAUAUCCCGUUCCUACUUACGAGUUCGACCCGUCGUUCGAUACGCCGUACUAUCUCGAUUCGCAGCCGCCUGCUCUGCCGGAGCUGGAGCAGUAUGUGAUGUAA